AUGAUGAGCCUUCUCGACCCCCCGAACCCCACCGCGCUCGAGGCUCGGCUGAACGAGGACCGUCGGGCGAAGCGCGGCCGGAACCUCCGGCUAGAGCGCCACGCCUUCCUCUCGCGGCUCACCCGGGAGCGAGAGGAGCGGGUCCUCCUGGAGGCCUGGGCGGCGUCGACGAUCCAGGCGCUCUUCCGGGGGUUCCUGACCCGGCCCCGCCCGAAGCGGCCCCGCCCGCGGAAGGAGCUCACGCCGGCGGAGUCAAACCGCAGGCUCGUCGCAGACCUGCAGGCGAUCCUGGCCCGCGCUGGCCUGCCGACCAUCCCCGGGCUCGGGCCCGACGGGAGGAAGGCAUCGGAGGGUACCGCUUGGGGACAGGGGCGGGGGGCAACAAGCGGCCACGGUGGCGGCGGAACGGCGGGAGCAGGGGGGAGGGGCCUGAAGCGCUCGAGGUCGCGGAGGCAGCGGGCGUUCGAGGACGAGAUGAGCACGCGAAUCACCAGCGUGGUCCGGGGUUUCCUGGAGCGGAGGCGUUUCGGGAGGAGGUGGGCGGUGUGGGACAGGAAGCGGCGGUGGUCGAGCGCGUCUCGCAUACAGAACUGCUGGAGGGCCUACCGCAAGCGCAUGGGCUGGCGCGAGCUCGAGUCCGAGGCAAGUUGUCCCUUUUGA